AUGCCCACGCCGGGACUGAGCCUGCCAAAUUUCUUCAAGCUCAACGUGAACAGCUUCGAAACGACGUCGAUUGCGAAGGGAGCUAUAGAAUAUGAAGAGAAGAUAAGUCAGCAACAGCUGUAUCUGGCAGAACUUCCUCAAAUCCUCCGGAGCAAGGAAACGCUGAGUGUCUCACAGAAGUAG